UGAAGAAAAUAAGAAUGAAUUCAAACUGUUUAAUAUAUAAAUGUAUUUCCUUUGAGAAGAAAGCCAUGUUGUAUGCUCUUGUUUUCACCAUUUUUGUCACUUUUGUCUCAGGGGCGCCUAAUGAAGAAUUAGGGCGAAUCAUAGGAGGUUCCGAAGCAAAUAGGACAGGACAGUUCCCUUAUGUCGUUUCCAUCUCUUUGCAAGAUCAGCACAUUUGCGGUGGAUUCAUUUACAACGAUGGAUGGGUCGUUACAGCAGCAGAAUGCGUCCAUGGAAAAAAUCAAUCGGAAUUGAAGGUUACCAUUGGUGCCCUGUCGCUCAUCAAUCCUGAUCCAGAGGAGCAAAGAAUCGCUGUUUAUAAAAUUGUUUUAUUUUCUCAAUUCGAUCCAGUUUCUUUGAAGCACAAUAUCGCUCUCAUCCAGCUGGCCCGACCGAUUGUAUUUGGCCCAACUGCUCAACCCAUCCGCUACGAUGAAAUCGAUGAGCUGGCCUUACCCUGGGACGCAUACAUUGUCGGAUGGGGUGCAAAGUUCGAAGGAGGAAUUCCAUCUCCAAGACUUCGUUGGGCUCCCAUUGACGAUCUUAAAGCAGAUUGCGGAAUUUUCAGUAUUGAUGAGUUUCAGCCGGACUCUAUGAUUUGUGCAGGUUCAACAACAGGAACUAUUUCACCUUGUCAGUACGACGAGGGGUCACCACUGACUCAAAGAACAAAUUCUAGUGGAAUUUCCAAAGAAAUUGUUGUGGGCAUCAUGUCGAAGAACAAGGGCUGCGCUGACCCGAGCUUGCCGACCAUAUACACUCGUUUGAGCACCUACUAUUACUGGAUUGUUCAGUACGCUGGGCAACAGCCAGACGCAAACCGAGUUUAAUUCCAACAGUUUAUAUUGCUCACCAUGCCUUUACCAAAAAAAUCACACUAUAGUUGUUGAUUUUAUCGAAAGUCGCAAAACGAUAAUACACAUGAUAUCAUAUGAAAUAAAAUUUUAUUUUCAAUUCAAAUGUUUAUUUGGUAGAAAAUGCAUAUGUUACUUAAUUGCAUGAUGGUCUCACUCUUUUUUUAAAGGAGUUUCCUAUAGAUAAAUUUAAACAACCUUAAUCAAGUAUAUAAUAAUACACGGUCUCACAGCAAAA